AAUUUAGUUUCUCAUUGAUAAUCGGAGUGAGUGGGAUUGCCGUUUUCUGCUCCGCAGCUUUGCGAGUCGAGUGUUUAAAUUUUAUUAAAUUUGUGAGUCAGUGUCGGUAUCUUGUUCUUGUUUUUUAUACUGUCAUUUGUAUACUGACAUGAGAGUGUGUAUGUAAUACAUGCACAAAAUAAAGAAGCAACUAAAAAAUAUAAAAGAAAUUUUUUAGUUCUUCUCAACAUUUGCGGCACCAAAAAAAAUUGUCUAUAAACUAAUUACAAACAAUUUACCAAAAUAAGAUUCUGCUAUUUUCAAUUCAAAGAACCUUUUCUACAUUUUUGUUGAACUAAACUAAUAUGUCUGGUUCUAACAAUAACACCAGCAAUAGUGCCUUAAAAGGUGCUCUAAAUUCUUCCACUACAUCACCGAGAAAUGAAAAUGCUAACGACAGUGGAAAUGCCUCAAAUGCAUCUAUUUGUUUAACUCCUAGAUUCACAAAUGAAGAAAAAGCAAUACUUUAUGGAUUGUUUCGCAAGCACGAGGAAGUCAUCGAUAUAAAAUACCGCAGGAAACAAAAAGGCAAAUACUCGGUCCGGGACGCAUGGCAGUCAAUCGUUGAUGACUUCAAUGGAAACCCUUGCGUGACAAUCUUUCGUAAUCUCAAGCAAAUUCAGAAAUUUUGGUUGAAUGCCAGACUUCGCAAACAAUAUCCUUUUCAACAAGAUGUUGAUAAAAAACCAAAUAUAAUUCGUAAGAAUUCAUCUUCUGGCAAUUCUGUGACUGUUUCGCCAAAAAAUAUAGACUGUGUGCCAGCUCCAAUCAAAUGUGAACCCGAAUACAUUUUGCCGGCAAAUAGCACACCACAAUCAGUACACAAUGCUGAAGAAUAUGAAGAAAUUGAAUUACAAGCCACAACUGUAAACGAUCCGUUGAAUGCUGAAACUAUUGAAGAAUCGACGGAAAUUCAACAUAUUCAUGAACAAAAUCAUCAAGAUAUUCAACAACAAAUUAUUCAGCAACAGCAACAACAUCAGCAACAACAACAACAUCAGCAACAACAACAACAGCAACAUACGCAACAACAACAGCAACAUACAACUGUUCAAGCGCAACAGGUCAAUGUCGAUCAGAUAAGUGCUGACAAACUUACUCUUAACGAUUUGCUUCACUUCAAAAAUGCUCGACCACGCGAGGAAAUUAUUUUACAAAUCAAAAACCCAGAUGGAGGAUCAAUUACACUGCCAUCACCCACUCGCAUUACUAUUCCCCACCAGCAUAGUACCACCUAUAACCACAUUAUUGGCGAAAUUAAGGGUCAAUCACAAACGCCACACAUUCAAGUGCAACACUACCAAACACAACAAAUUCAGCAACAAUCACCCCAGCCAAUUGCUCAACAGCAGCAACAACAACAACAAAUUCAGCAACAAUACAGUGCAGCGAACUCUACAUAUUGUACUUAUACCACGCAACACCUGCCGCAUACAACAAUUCCAUCAAGUAUUGGACAGUCUGUUAGUACAGCAAACCAAGGCAACUUUGUGAUGUCAGAAUCCUUUGAGGAUAAAGUCAAUUUUUUCAAGCUGAAAGAGGCCGAACUUCGUUACAAAGAGGUUCAACUUCAAUUGGAACAAAAACGUAUUGCAAUAUCGCGAAUGCAAGAAGAGCUUAAGCAUCAGAAAGAAAUGCAUCGAUUGCAAGUUGACGAGAUGAAAAUCAAAAUUAGAAUUUUAAGUGAAGAAGAACGAAAAUUAAGAAAUAAAGAAAGUUAGUUGUACAAAUAAGAAAUAAAAA